AAUCAAUGAGAAUAUGCCGAUAUUUUCCUCCAUUACUCCCUCUCUCACUAAAAUUUUAACAUGAUUAUAUUAGUGAAAUUUUACAAUUAAAAUUUUAAAAAUUUAAUGUAUUUAGUGGGACAGUCUACGAGGUACGGAUAUAGUAAUAAUAAUAUACCCCAAGAAAAAAAAGAGAGAUAUUGUGACAGAAGACCCAUAUUUUCCUCCAUUACUCCCUCUCUCUCUAACUUGUUCAUUUUAUCUUGAAUUGAGAAUAUUUCUUGUAAACAACAUUGCAUGCAUAAUCAAAUUCCUGAUCAAUGGCAAUGAGAGAGUACAGAAAAGGGAAUUGGACAGUGGAAGAGACUAUGAUUCUAAUUGAAGCAAAGAAGAAAGAUGAUGAAAGAAGGAAGUUUAGUAGAUCAAAACAAACACUUCAAAUUUCAACUCCUACUAGUAGUGGAAGUACUAGUAAGCCAGUGAUAGAGUUAAGGUGGAAAUGGGUUGAAGAAUAUUGUUGGGGAAAAGGCUGUUUUAGGAGCCAAAAUCAGUGCAAUGAUAAAUGGGAUAAUCUCAUGAGAGAUUACAAGAAAGUUCGAGACUACCAAAAGAACCUUCCUGAACCCGAAACCGAAACCGAGGGUGGAAGUGGUACUCUCAACAAGUCUUAUUGGAGUAUGGAUAAGGUUGAAAGGAAAGACAAGGGUUUGCCUACUAAUAUGUUGCCUCAGAUUUAUCAAGCUUUGUAUGACGUUGUUGAGACUAGUAUUAGUGCUAGCUCCACUCCGACUCCGAGUUCUGCUACUACAACCGGCCAAUUUUUACUGCCUUCUCCAGGGCUUGAAAUGCAGCAAACUCCGUCAUCGGUGCCGGCAUUGCAGCUGUCUCCGCCUCAAUCUAUGCUUCCUUCUCCUCGCCUGCCGCCGCUAUUGCAGUCUCCUCCGUCCUCGGCUUUUCUCUCUCCUCAUCAACCGCAGCAUCAUCCAUCGCCUACACUAGAAUUUGAAACAAGCCAGUAUUCACAUGAUCCAGAAUCAUCACCAGCUAAGAGAAGAAGAAAAGAAGAAGCCAUGGCUGCUGCUACUCAUACAGCGGCCGAAGCGACCGCAAUGAAGGCAACAACAACAACAGCAACAGCAACGCUAGAAGAAGUAAGCACGGCAAUAAGUAGGAGUGCAACAAUGAUAACAGAAGCAAUUCAGGCAAGUGAAGAAAGAGAAGAGAGAAGACACAGGGAAAUGAUGAACAUACAAGAAUCAAGAUUAAGGAUUGAAGAAUCAGAAUUAGAGAUUAAUAGACAAGGUUUUAAUGGGUUAACUGAAGCAGUCAAUAGGCUUGCUACCUCCAUUUUUACUUGGGCUAAUUCCCACAAAAAUCAACAGGGUCCUUCCUAAUUAUUUUUUAAUUAAGUCCCUUCAUUGAUUAAUUUCUAAAUUAAUUAUUUUGGUCUUUUAUGAAAAUAUAUUAUUUUAAAAGGUAAAUUGGCUUCUAAACCUUCUCUUGUUGAAUUAAGAACCAUAUAGUGGAUUCACAUACACUUGUCAAAUUGGUUCAAAAAAUGAAAAAAUUAUGUGAAUUGUGGAAUUUUAGCUAGGGGAAUUAUGAUAAGAGUAGUUAAAAAAAAAUAGAUUUUUUUGUUUUUAAUGAAAGUUAAUUGGUCUUUCAUCUUA